CAUCGUCUCCACGUGACAGUUAGCAGUCUCUGAAGGGACAGUAACGGAUCCGUGGUUUAGCUGCGUUCUUUUUAAACUGUUGUCUUUUUCACGAGAAGUUAAACAGGUGUUGGACAGGGUGUCGCAGUAUGGCCGAGCAGGUAAUAGCGAACGAAGGGUUUGUUCAGAGGCUGCUGUCUGUUGUCGGUGUUCACAGUCUGGUCAGCAGUGUGUGGGGCUACAUGGACACCACAAUAAGGUGGGCCUGGAUCCCCAGCUGGCUGCCAUCAUGGUGUCCCACCUCUCAGAUCCUGCUGCAGACUGCAGAAGACAACAUGCUGCGAUGUGUAAACAGCACUUUCCUCAAACAGUAUGUCCCCAUUUCCAAUGGCAACCAGUUGUGGACCCUGACCUUCUGCAGGGAACAUGUCAAAGCCAAAACCCCCUUGGUUCUGCUCCAUGGGUUUGGAGGCGGUGUGGGCCUUUGGGCCCAGAACCUAGAUGCUCUCUCCCAGCAUCGGCCCGUUUUUGCCAAAGACCUUCUAGGCUUCGGACAGAGCAGCAGGCCUCAAUUUUACACAGAUGCUCAGAAGGCAGAGAACCAGUUUGUGGAGUCUAUAGAGCAGUGGAGGGCUAAAAUGGGUUUGGAGUCCAUGAUACUGCUGGGACACAACCUGGGGGGAUACCUGGCUGUGUCAUACUCUCUUAAAUACCCAGGCAGAGUAAAGCACAUAGUGCUGGUGGAGCCCUGGGGUUUCCCUGAGCGUCCAGACACCGUAGAGGCAGACCGCCCCAUUCCGGUAUGGAUCAAAGCCCUCGGUGCCAUGUUCAGUCCCUUCAAUCCCCUGGCUGGCCUGAGACUGGUCGGACCUCUGGGCCCCACUCUGGUCCAGACUCUGAGACCUGACUUCAAGAGGAAGUUCUCAUCCAUGUUCAGUGACAAUACUGUGUCAGAGUACAUCUACCACCUGAACGUGCAAAGCCCCAGUGGGGAAACUGCUUUCAAGAAUUUGACUAUUCCCUACGGCUGGGCCAAAAGACCAAUGUUACAGAGGAUGGACCGGCUUCACCCUGAGAUCCCCAUUACCAUCAUCUAUGGAUCACGCUCCAGCAUAGACAGCAACUCAGGCAGUGCUAUCAAAGAGAUGAGGCCAAACUCUCAUGUGGAAAUCAUAACAAUCCAUGGAGCUGGACAUUAUGUAUAUGCUGACCAGCCAGAGGACUUCAACCACAGCAUUUUGCAAGUGUGUGAUAAAGUGGACUGAAGCAGAGAAGAGUCUGGUUACUGAGCUCUGGAGAAAACGGGGAGCACAAUAGCAGACAUCACUACAGCAGCCGGUGUGGAGACACAGGAUCUGUCCUGGCAGCAGGGACAAGCACUGUUUGAACAUGUGUUUAAAAAAAGUGUUUAAAAAGAUCAGUUUUAGUCAUACUUUUUAAACAUGCGUCAUGGCCGACUGCACUUUCAGACAUUAUGUCACCUGACCAAUAAUUCAGUGAAAUAUUCGUAGAAGUUGAUAAAUACAUGCUCUGAGCUUACAACUACUAUAGCUAUUUACCACCAUUUCUACAAUAAUCAAAUAUAAUGCCCUUUGGCCUUCAUCACAUGCUGCUCUUACAUUUAUACUGCAGUAUACACAUACAGGGGGUUAUACUGCAGCCUCUGGGUCGCUUGAUUGAAGCAUUAGUUAUACUGUAUUUUCUGAGAGUUGCCUUCCAAGGGCAUUGAAGAAAGGAGGUAUUUUGUUUUCAGAAAUCAUGAAUGAAACUGAAAACACGACGCAAAGCCUCAUUGUAAGUGAUGUUACAUUAUUGUCUUUAAAGCUACAGCUAAUAGCUUACAGUAGCUAUAGUGGUCCAAUACAAAAUAUAUCAAAGUGUUUCAUAUGAAUUUAAUUACAUUUUAGAAGAGUAAUUUCAAACAGGAUGUAAUGAUAUAUGAUUUAACCAACCAGCCUUAAUGAUGUAAAUCUGAAAUAACAUAAAUGUGACUGCUCAGUUACAUUGGCAUGUUUUAGGUAUUUCCUAUGCUGUCCCUGGCCUGUUGUUUGUUGUUUUACCACAUGAUACUGAUACAGACCAGGGGCGUCAUUUACAAUUGUUGUGUACAUGCUAAUCAGGAAAUGUACAUACCCCAUAAAACAUUUUGAUUCAUAAAACCUGGAGUACGCCCACCAGUGUGCAAUUUCCUUUUAUAAAUGAAAGAAAUGUGCACACGUGGAU